AUGGCAGCCCUCUCCACCUCCGCAGCGGUGUCCCGCUCCCUGUCCCUUGCCAGCUCCAACCUGACCACAUCCACCCGCGCCGCUGCGCUUCCCGCAUUUACCGGGCUCAGGUCAGCCAAGGCGACUCCGGCAGCUAAGUACGCCACUGCGCACCGCCCUUCGUGCGCCUGCGCCUCGUGCAGACAACAUGGCGUCGUCAUGGCGAGCGCGGACAUCACCGGUGUCCAGCCCGCCGCCGCCGGUGGCGCUACCUACUACGUCGUGAACAUCACCUUCCCCAGCCCCGCCCCCGCCGCCGCACCCGUCGCUGCGGCCGUCGCGACGCCCGCAACUGCCGCCGCGUCUCCCGUCGUGGACACCACCGCGGCCGUGGCGGACAGCAACGGCUCCGCCGUGCAGCGCGUGAAGCAGGCGGCGCUGCCGGCGCUGGCGACGAUGGCGGAGUUCUUCCCCACCGCGCGGCAGGAGGACGAUUUCAUGCACGCCGUGGCGCUCGAACUGAACAAGCUCGGCUUCCGCAGGGAUAACGGCAUCGCGCUGGUGAACACGUGCCGCGACGAGGUUUGCCGGCCGAUCGUGAACCUGAUCGACAAGGAGUUCGGGCUGUCGUUCAACGUGUCUGGGCUGGGCGGGCUGGUGAACUGUGGCAAGACGGGCUUCAAGGCCGCCAUGAGCCACUCGCCCGAGUUCCUCUGCGACGUCGAUGGCACCAUCAAGGAGCGAUACAUCUUCUUCGCGUUCCCCCACGUGUCCGUCGGCGAGUCCGGCGAGGUCGGCUCCCUCCUCCGCCGCGGCCGCGGCAAGCCGUCGAGCGCGUGCGGCGCGCUGAUCGCGAUCAAGAACGACAUCAACGCGGGCAACGGGCCUUCCCCCGACGACGAUGACGCGGAGUACCAGCUGCUCAAGACCAAGGUCAUGGAGAAGGUGCAGCGCAAGAAGGAGGGCGAGCUGCUGUCGCUCGUGCAGGUCACCAAGGCCGCGCUCGAGGCGAUUAACGAUGACCUCGAGAAGCUCAUCUCGCUCACCGUUGAUCCUGCUACCGCGGAUUACGCCGUCAUCACCGGCGUGCAGAUCCACUCCGGUAACCAGAUCCAGGGCGAGCCUUUCCGCCAAGAGCGCACUUGCGACUACAUCGCGCCGCACCAGAUGUACGCCGUGGUGCGCGGCAAGCGGUACGACCUGCAGCUCGACUCGUCCGCCGAGACCCCCGAGGUCGCUGCCAGCGUGAACUAA